AUGUCUUUCGAUGAAGCCGAUGAAAAUAUUCCACCUCCACCGACGAUAAAAGUAAGCGUUUUGUAUGUGAUUUCCAUCUUUAGGGUCUCAACGAAACUCUGAACGUAUUUGAAGCCAUUUAAUACUGAUUGAUACUUAUCUUGACCUUAUUUUAGGUCCAAUUGUCCGAAAUUUUAAAGAUUUUAAAAUUUUUCGUCACAGAAAGACCUAAAGUUUAAUUUGUCGUGUUUUAGAGCGAAGAUGGCCUCAUCCUCGACCCCACUGAUCAGCCAACUACCUCUGCAUAUGGUUCAGAUGAGAGUCAAACCCCUCCAUUGGUGCCGAAAUCCCAAUUUAGCUGGUCUGAAUUUAUGAAAAUCCGCGCUUCUCUUCCUGCCACUUGUUCCCGACUUUCCGCACACGCCCAACAUCUCGAAAAGACUCUGGCAGAGGUUGUGUUCAGUCCAGGCACACAAGUUAUGGUCGGACAUUCGGCGGACAUGAUCCCGGCGGUCAUGAAAAGCUUGGUUGGGGAUAUUGCUUAUGUCGAAUUCUAUGAUGAGACCUCGUCGAUGGAAGUGAAAGUCGACCAGCUGGUUCUGGCUGUUACUCCGAUGCCGUUGAGUGGAUGGGCGUAAGUUUUUUGAUUGGAGUUUGAGGCUUUAGGAAGGGACAGGAUGACUGCACAGUGCAGUCGAAUUUCGAGUUAAUUUUGCAAAGUGCAAAUGAUGGACUGAUGUUUUGAGAGAAGAGAAGAAGAAUUUUUAGACUCAUCUGCAUUUUUCCACAUUUUUAUUUUCUAAAUUUACCAGUUGUUUGCACUGUGCAACGUUUUUUAAAAAUUUUCGCACAGUGCAGUCAAAAUUGAAAUAAAUUUCGCACAGUGCAAAGUUAAAAAUUUUAAAUUUUUGACGCUAAAAAGAUGACAUAAAGCUAUUCCAAUUUCAGUAUGGACAAUGUCGCCGGAAUCCCUCACGCACAAAUGGAGCAACUCGAUCAAAAAGUUGUGAACUUCAUUCAAAGCGGGCAUUAUUUCGAGUACAUUGAUCCAAAAAACCCGCAAACUGUGAGGAUAGUGAAGAUUGUGGAGAAUCGGAAUGGGUUUGUGAGAGCAGUCGACUCCUCUGGCAGGCAAAUUCGGACCUUUAUGGGAUGGGAGAGAUGCAAACGCCUCGGAUUUUCUUUGAUGUCGGAUAAUGAAGGGGAGUUCCGAUUGGAGCCCUUGCCAGGGGCCACAAUCAAAACUACGAUCCCUUGGUAUGUGUUCUGCCGAAGCAACUUCAAGAAGCACUCCAUGGAGGUGAGUAUUUUAUUUUUUUUGUUGAUUUUUAGAGAAAUUUUCGUCAUGGAUAAGAUGAUUUUUGAUGGAAAAUUCUUUUUUUUGUUCCUUAACAGCCCGAUUGAUGGAUGAAAAAGGCAUUAUGGGUCCUGAAAAUAAUUAAUGUGAUUUUUAGGAAGGCCAUAUCAUCGAGAUUAUCGACCCUUUCACCCGUUUCCGCUUCCUCCCAGCUGUAGUGGUCGAAGUAAUCAACCGCUUCUUCUACCGAGUCCAGGUCCUCCUUCCGCCAGAUCUCAAAGACCACGAACCUUGCUUCCUCACCCUCCACAAGGCCUCUCCCGACAUUUUCCCGGCCAACUUUGCCUCCAGGAAUGGAAUGCGGCUCACAGCGCCGUCAGGACACGAUGAAACAAAUUUCACGAUUUACAAAAUUAAAGGAAGACCAGCCACAGACACUCAGUUUGAUAUCCCCAAAAAUGUGGAGCGCUUCGAGACAGGCAGACAUGUGGAAGUCUAUGAUGAAGUUCGCGAUCUGUUUAUCCCGGCAACAAUCAUACGACAACAUAGACAUUUGCUGGUUCUCAGGUUCGAAAAUGAAGCCAGCAUGAGCACUCCGAAGCUGUUUUCUUAUUAGUAAGUGUUUUGAAGUUUGUUUUUUGUUUUUAGAGAGAAAAGGUGCGGCUAAAACACGAGCUUUGGACGUCAUAUUAUCCAUGAUGACAUGGAUAAUAUAAAUUUGUAUUGAUUCUUUAUAAUUCGAUUCUUUUAAGAUCUAAUAUCCAUUUUUUAGUGACGAACAUAUCUUCAAAGUCGGCUCCGCCGAAUUCUACGGCCGUCCCAUGGCUCCAAUCGCCUCCUCAUUCGAGACUUGGACCUUCUCCACUGCCCCAAAACUCACCUCAAAAGUCCUGGAAACGGACCCCGAAAAUGGAGUCCGAUUCAUGAUCAAAGCCUUCUCGGACCCGAAUCAAUUCAUCCCCCGCCUCUACCUCAACUUUGACUGCUACAAAGGCCCGUUUAUCCAUCCGCAAAAGUCGAGACAUCUGGAUUCGUCCUUCCCUCCAAGCCAUUUCCAGCCAUUAAUGCACCAGAUCAUCAACGAUAUGCUGGAAGUCCUGGCUAAAACAGAGUACCAGAAACUUUGCGAGGCCUCAGUUCACUCGAGAGCUCCGAAAUUCGCGAUAAAGUAAGGAUUUAGGGAUUUUUUAAAAUAUUUAACUUCUGGCUGUUUUUUUAUAAAUUUGAAAAAAUUUCGUCUAAAUUAGGUGUUAUUUGGAAGAUUGGGGAUUGCCGCUAGAUUUUUCUGCGACUUAAAAACGUUUUUUGGCUGUUUCGGAUAUUUUUUACCAUGACUUAUCAUGGAUAAUAUAAGUUGAUGUCGAAUUUUCGGGUUAGGCUUGAAAGAAACUAUUUUAAUUUAUAAAUACCGCUUUUUCAGGCUUGUGAAUCCCCGCUCGGACGUGCGCUCACGCGUCUUCGAAGUGGAAGUCUGCGAAACGGCCGCCGAAUUCCCGGGCUGGCUCCGGCAAUUCCUCCUAAAAUACGACAUCUGCCCCAAUUUCAUAUCACCCACGAAGCUGGUGAAGGGCCAGCCAUGCCCCUUCCACUGCGAACGCAUGCAUUUGCUGCCCCAUAUGCGGCCCAGCGCCCAUCUGAAUGUCCCAAAUUCGGUCUCAAAAACGGAUGAGAUGAGAGCGAGACGACUCAAUCUCCAAACAACCACAAAUCCCAACCCGAAGAAGCGCGAAAACCCGGACAAACAGAUCCAAAAGACGGCCGAAGAGUUCACCGACCUCGAUCAACCACUGCCACUCAGAAGAACGCGGAGAAACAUCAUCCCGACCAAGAGAAAGGAGAUGCAGGACGAGCUGAAUGACAACCUGAAACAAGUAAGAUUUUUGACGAGUUCGUGGUUGGUAGUAUAGGAAAAUGUGGUAUGAAUAGAAAGCUUAUGAGAUCAUCUAGAUGAUAGAUGAGUAAAAUUUAAGAAUCGACUGGUCGAUUUCGGAAAAAAUGGGGUUUUUGUCAAAAGUGAUUUUUGAAUUUUUUGCUUAAAAAAUAUUGUUUUUCAAUAUUUUUUGGAGACCACUAAGUAAAUACAGGUGUGCUUUGAUGUGCUUGUGCUUUUGUCUAUCGAAAACUGCCAAGAUUUUGUCGUAUGUUACCUUUUUUUCGUUUAAAAAUCGUAAUUUUACCUCUUUUUGGCGAUUUUUUUGUCUGAAAUUGAUGGAAAGAAGUGUUACGGUUCUUUUUCUGGUCUGAAAUUGAAGUCUGAGUCUGUGCCAUACUGUAAAAAAAGAAGUAACUCUAAAAAGUCAAGUCUAAAAUUGCGUUGAAUCCGUCUAAUCCCGUCUUUCAUGUCUCUGAAGAUGACCAGAAGCAGAUGGAGCACGUCCUACAAUCUGACCAUCCAACUGGCCUCCGCCCAAAUCCCCAUUGAACGAAUCCUGGAGGAGGUGCAGUACUGUUGUCCCAGGUCGGUGCCGAGCAUGAAACGCCUGGAGGAAUGGGUGGAAGAAGCGACCAAACAUUUGGAAGAAGGGCGGUGUGUGGAACGAAAAAGCCGCCGGCUUCAGGAUAGAAUUAUCGAUCAGGUCGUCGAAGAUGUAAGGUCUUACCGUAACUCCAAGAUUACGGUAGUCUAGUCUUGAAAAUUGAGGAAGUUGUGUCUGCCAAAAAUUGGAUUUUUUUUUGAAUUUGAUGGAAUUGCGCUUGGUCUUUUGAUAUUUUUUGGGGGAAAUAGAGGAGUUGGGUGGGAAAUGGAGUGGGAAUUUAGGUUAUAGUAGUCUGAGCUACACAAUUUCCAUUCCUUCGAACGAUAUACUUAUGCUUUUAUAUCGCCGUUCUACCCAUUUCUUAUCUUCUAAACCCAACUUUUUACCUAAAACAAUAUCGGAAAUCACCAAUUUUCUGAUGCUUCUAAAAAUCUAAAUUUUGCUACAGUGGCGGACCUGAUCCAGUGACAAAAAAAGUGUCAUUUUGCAUCCGGGAAGUAUCAAAAAUGUGGCAAAGUGCCUCCCUCUCCACCUAAAAAACUCCGUUUUGAACUGCGCGCCUUUUUUCUCACAAAAUAGAGUGGGCGAGCGCGCUUUUGACAUCGGCGUUUUUUUCACUUGGAGAGGGAGGUAUUUUGCUGCAUUUUUGAUACUUCCUGGAUGCAAAAUGGUACGUUUUUUGCCACAGGAUCAGGUCCCUCACUGCAGCAAAAUUUAGGUUUUUAGAAGCAUCAGAAAAUUGGUGGGUGAUUUCCGAUAUUGUUUUAGGUAAAAAGUUGGGUUUAGAAGAUAAAAAAAUGGGUAGAACGGCGAUAUGAAAGCAUAAGUAGACAAGUAGACCGUUCGAAGGGAUGAAAAUUGUGAACGUGACGGAUUUUAUAGAUUUUGAUCUAGAAAUUGAUGUAUUUUUAUUUUUUUAAAAAUUUUUGAAGAAGAGUUAAUUUUUCAAAAUAUUCUUUUUAGUACUUCAAAGACAGCCGGAAACGCGAAGCAUCUUCCGUGAUCUCCGACGAGCCUACAAAACGCCGCGCCGCCCCGAAAAAUGGCCGUUAUUCGGACCGAAAAGCCGAUUCCCAGCCCCCUCAGCUGGACGCGGAAGGAAAUUCGAACGAGUUGAUCGAAAUGGCCAACAAAAUUGACACUCGUCGGAUUGCGGCUCAAAAUUCGGUCAGAUUGAAUCACUCCGGGCCGAGAGUUUUAUUGCCUAAAGGCCACUCCGCAUCGGAUUCGAAUUCGCCUCCUUCGCUCUCGAGAUCUCCGUCGCUGACCUCGAAACAGCCAAGCCCGGACAACAGAGAGUCCCCAAGUGAACAUCAGAAGAUUUGCCAGAAGCUGGGAAUCGGCGAAAACGAAGAGCCCCGGGAAUGGACCACCCAGAGGCUGGUCCAGGUGGUCAGAAAAGCCAAAUUGGACGUUGUCGCGGAUUUCUUGGAGUCUGAAGUGAGUUUGAAUUUGUUUUUGCAGUUUUUUAUUUGAUUUUCGAAGAUUUUUGGACACUUAUCCUGAUCUUCAGGGUAUUCGUGGUGGUGGGACCCAAUAAUUGGGAAGUGGGUCAAAAUGGAGUUUGGUCGUAUUUGGGAGGUUAUUAGAGGAUGUUUUUAUCUAAAUUUUAAUUCCUUGACUGAAAAUUUAAAUGAUUUUUUUGAGUCCCACAAAAAAUUUAUGAAAAUUUUGAAACUUGAAAUUCUCCAAUUUUCAGGAAUUUGACGGCGAAUCCUUCUUCCUCCUCACCGAAGACGACUUCAAAGACCGCAUCCAACUGAAGACCGGCCCCAUGAUCAAAACGAUGCGCCUUCUGGCCGAGCUCAAGUCCCUCUCCCCGGAUAUGCCUCAACUCGGCGCUCAAUAA